CGUUACUACAAUGACUCUCGCAAGGUCGGAGAACUCACCUGGGAGGAAGUUUCACAGCUGAAGGCGACUCCCGGCGGCGAAAGCCCCCUGCGACUCACCGACUACCUGGCUGCCUGCAAAGGCCGCCUGCGUAUCAUGCUGGACAUCAAAGGUGAGAAGCAGAAGCUGCCUCGGGAAUACCUGCAGCAGAUCGAAGACGCCAUGCGUCAGCAUCAUCAGCUGUCGCAGGCCUACAUGAUUGGAGUGGAAGAGGCCAAGCAGCAUUUUCGAGGCAAACUGCGGAUGAGUCGUGGCUUUGAUGAUAUCGUGGCGGCUCGCGAACGCGGUGAGGAUGUGGCAUCGCUGUACUUCUAUUUUCCACGCGGCAGGACAUUCACGAGCGAAGACAUCAAGGCAGCUUUGAGGCUUGGCGUCCCGGUGGUCCCCUCUGUGAAUACGUUUCACUAUCCGGCAGCCGAGCGUAUGCAGCAGUCCCGCGUGGACAUCGAACGCAUGCUCAAGGGAGGGAUCACCGAGUUUCAGAUUGACUCCGUGUUCGACCAGUGGCUGCUGAAGCUCCCUGCGGACUAA